UGAUUAACCUUUAACUCAAUGUCCGCAAGACUGAUGACGUGGUGUGCUGGAGGACACGAAGGAUGGGACUUCGCAAAGAGAGGGCCAUUUGCUUGGAUGGUUACCUCCAAAUAGAAAUCAGGAUCCUCAUUGCUCUGACAACUGGCAGCUCCCCAGUGGAUCUAGCAGCGUCAGAUGUGUUUCAUCGCCAUCCACGGAGAAAAAAUCCUGUCGUUCCUCUCCUUCAGCAAGAACUCCCAACACCGCUUCUGGGCCCCCAGAUCCAGUGGGCUCCGCCGUCGGGCGAGAUCCGGACAAUGGCCUUCCAGGUUCUGGCCUUCCACUGAAAGCUCGCCCUGCCCUUCCGGUUUGAACAGUACAAUCCUGUACCUGUUGAUCUGGCCCCGUCCCCGGUGGAGUACGGAAUCGUUGCCUUGCCUGUUCGUUACUCCUCUUCCGCGGGCAGAUCCUUCAUCCUGAGAGUGGUACGUAAGUAAGUAUAGGGCGAUAGAUCAGCCGACCCCACGCGUGUGGGAACUAUUAAUAACUUGGGACA